CCUCGUGUUAUAGAGAUCUUACAAUAUUGUGGAUUUUAUGGGGUGGAGAAAGUGGGUGGAUUACAGUUAGAUUGGGCUCUGAUUACUUCUUUAGUGGAGAGAUGGAGACCCGAGACCCAUUCAUUCCAUCUCCCCUUUGGAGAGGUGGGAAUUACGCUACAAGAUGUUGAUGUUUUACUUGGAUUGCCCGUUGAUGGCAUUCCAUUGUCGGGGGGCACUAGUCGAUCAAGAGAUCAGUGGAUUCAGAUUUGUCAUGACAUGAUGGGUUUUAGACCCGAACCAUCUGAUAUUACAUCUUCUACGAUUAAGAUAUCUGCAAUUGAUCUGAAGGCGCUGACAGAGCAUAGUGAUGAAGUUGAUUACCAACAGCAUGCUAGAGCUAUCAUGUUUAAGUUGAUGGGUGGCAGCUUAUUUCCCAACACGACAGGAAAUAAGAUUGAAGGGUGUCUUAUCCUCUUACAGCUUUGGACAUGGGAACGUCUGCCUAUGACUAAACCUAGGGGGGUUGUACCAUUGGAGCAGCUGGUUAAUGUUCCAUAUGGAGUCAGAUGGGUGUGUUAUCAUCGGUGGUUAGAUUGUACGAAACACUCCUUACGAGCGUACAGAGACCAGCUAGAUAGGUUGCUCGAGGGAGAGUUUGUUUGGAGGCCGUAUCCGAAUGUCGAUACCCUACCACCCUGUUGUUCAGCCGGACUCCGAAUAUGGAUAUCACGCAUCCCUUUGAUCUACGGAUAUGUCGUGGAGAUGUACUAUCCGGAUCGAUUUUGCAGACAGUUUGGUGCCCGCCAAAGUGUUCCUCUCGAUGUUGUACAGAUAGGAAACCCCGCACAUCAGCCCGGAACAGGCUAUGUCCCCAUUUCUCCUGAGUUACAGACAGCACUAUCCUGUAUGGCAGAUUGCCAUCAGCGCCUUGAUCCAGGUAGGCACCCGGAUGGUUUUGUACCCUCUCACGAGGUACUGCGAGUUCAUGACCUGUUAGGUGAGUGUAUACAUGCUCUUGGACAUGCAUCUAUCCUCGAUCAUCCACAGCAGCAACCAGUAUACAAUCCAGGACAUAUUCGGAGAAGGGCAGAUAGAAGGCGUGAUGCACCUCUUGUAGGGGUUAGGCGUGGCGGGCGUGGUCAACGUAGGUUGCAAGUCGUGUAUGCAUAAUAUCUGAUAAACACAGUGGGAUUGAGCAUGCAUUUGAAAAUGUCCCAGAGUUAGGUGGAGGUCGAGUGACUCGAAGAUAUUGUCUCCGCCACCCACGCAGCAAUUUCUGGAAUAAGUUCCGAAGUAAGAAGUUGCGGACCUUGAUGUACAAAGCUGGUAAAGCCCCGAAUAGAAGUGAGUUUGACCAGUUGCUACUCCAAAUAGCAUCCAAAAAUCAAGAAGCCUACAACUG